AGGGCUGAGCAGGGCUGCGCCGCAAGCCCCGGGGAGGCUCUAAGUCCCUCCUCUGCCUCCCCGGAGGUGGGCCCUGGUGCCCCGGUCCCGGCGCGGGUGUGGGCGCUUUGCCCCCGGGAGGGAGUUGUCCGUGCUGAGGUGAGAGGGGUGCUCAGGCGGGAACCCUCUCCAGACUAAACAGGUGCAGGCAGCGCGGUGGGUCGGUGUGCAGGAGGUCCGAAGCCACCGAGCAUGACGAGCGCCGGCACGAAGGGGUCGUGGCUCUCGCAGCCGACAGUGAAGAGCGUGCUGGUGUAUCGCAACGGGGACCCUUUCUUCCCCGGGCGCCGCAUUGUCAUCAAUGAGAAGAAAGUGUCCAACUUCGAGGUCUUCCUGAAAGAGGUGACGGGUGGGGUGAAGGCACCCUUUGGAGCAGUGCGUAAUAUCUAUACCCCCCGGGGCGGGCAUCGUGUCCGGCAACUGGAGGAGCUUCAGAGUGGAGAGCAGUAUGUGGCUGGUGGCAGGGAAGCCUUCAAGAAACUGAACUAUUUGGACAUUGGAGAAACAAAGAAGAAACCUGUUGAAGUCAAUAAUGAGGUCAAGCCAGUUACUCACAGUAGAAUCACUGUGUCAGCACGGUUUCGAAAACAACUCCAGGAGCCCUACACGAUUUUCCUUAUUGCUAAUGGAGACCUAAUUAGCCCUGUAGCACGCCUCCUCAUUCCCAGGAAAACACUGAAUCACUGGGAUCGUAUUCUUGAAAUGGUUACAGGAAAAGUUACCCUCAGAAGUGGAGCUGUUCACAGACUUUACACUUUAGAUGGAAAACUCGUUCAGAAUGGGUCAGACUUGGAGAAUGGACAAAUAUAUGUUGCAGUGGGUAGAGAAAAAUUUAAGAAAUUGCCGUAUGGUGAUCUGCUGUUUAGCAAAUCUACAAUAAGAAGGCCACAGGGGUCCAAAGGCUCUGUACUCCCUCCGAUUGUGGGAUCUCGAAAGUCUAAAGGCAGUGGAAGUGAUUGGCAGUCUAAAUCUACCAUUGGAUCCAGUGACCCCAGAGAAAACAGUUCUUCACCUCAGCUUCCCAAAGGAAAAGACAAAAAAACCCAGAACCCAGAGGGUUCUGUGUCCAGACGACACUUUUCUAACAACUCUACGAAAGUGAAACAGACAGUGAGAGUAACAGCUUCCACAGGAGUCCUUCUAGAUAAUGGUGAAGAUGUUUACAAAGCCAGAGAAGAACCAUCUGAAAUGUGGGGGGCAGCUGAAGUGCAGGAAGAUGAAGACACUCGUGUAGAAGUUCCGCUGGACCAGAGGCCAGCAGAAACUGUAGAUGAAGAAGAAAAUGCAGAAGAGGAAACUGACAGGGAAGAGGACACAUAUAAAGGAGAGGAAGAAUAUCGAGAAGUGAAUGCAGAGGAAAGUGGGGCAACUGUUAAAGAAAGCAGUAAAGUGGAAGAAAACAAGAAGAAAUUAAAUGGGAAUUAUGAAGUUGAAGCAGAAGCAACAGAGACUGUUGACCAAGCAGAGGAAGAGGAAUCUAUCCAUUUAAAUGGCAAUAAAAAUGAAGAAAAUGGUGAGGGAAUGGAGCACUUGAACUACCAAGAUGAUCUUCACCCUGAAGAAGAAAUAAAAGAAGAGGAUCCUGACAGCCAGAAGCAGGUUGAUUUCCAUCUUGAACAAACAUCCAGAAAUCCAAGGGUGACAAUCACCAGCCCACAGGAAAGUGAAAAAAAUGACCAGAGCAGUGACUGUGCUGCAGUUGCAUAGACAGAAAAAAUGUAAUGAGCAGAAAAUGAAAGAUUAUAAUCCUUUAAAUAUAAAGCAUGUAAUUUUUGUGAUUGGUAACUUAUAAUAGGAAGAUAAGUUGAGUACAUAUUGAGGCUUGAGAUGAUAAUGCCAUAUGGAAUGAUACAUAAACCAAACAUAAAUAGCUACUAAAGAAACAUCAAAAUAUUUUUACAAGGUGAUACUUUCCAGUAGAAUUUGAGGGGGAAAAUACAAGAGUACUGUAUAGUAGUAUUAGAAAUAAAUUAACUAUUCUGUGAUAUAAAAAGGUUAGCAAUAACAGAAUAACCACCAAAAUUACAUUGUUCCAGAAAAAGGAAAAAAACCCACCCAAAUUUGAUGGCAAAACUUUUUUGCAGAUGCAUUCAGAAAAGAGAAACGAUUUUUGGCUUUUAAUGAGGACAUAUGCAGUUUUUCUUUUAAAUUACACAUGAUAUAUGUGAUUCGCAGGCAUAACAUUAAGACGUAAGUAGAAUACAUUGCAUACUUAAUGGACUUAGGCCCACAAAAAAUGGUGUACUAUAAUGAGGUGUUAGUUGUAAUGUUACAAAAUAGUAGAUUUUCAAUAUAUUAAUUAGGAUAAUUCAUUUUUACAUUCAUAAAUAGCACUAAUGUAGUCUUAUGAAUGUAUGUAGACAGCCUACAAUACUGCAGCUUGUUCCCAUUUACAGUAAGAAGCUUUGCUGAUUGUCCUGCAUCAAUUCACUAAACAGUGAAUUGUUAUCGUAAUGAAAAAAGUAAAGGAAGAGUAUGUAGCAGAUUAGUUUCAAAUUAGUUGUUUUUGAAUAGAUUUGUAAUUUAAUCUAUGUGAAAUUUAAUAUAUUGAAGGAAAAAAAUUAAUAGGCCUGGAUUCGGACUGAAAUUGCCAUGAAUCCAUUGUUACCAAUGGAGCCAUUUUAAUAUGAAACAUUAGGAUGAGUCCACCAGUUUUGUGUAAAAGUCGGGAACACUUUCUGCAUUUAUGAAUUCUUUACGCAGCCUUAAUGGUUAGAAGUGCAUCCUCAGCCCUUUGAGCAAACUGGCUCCCGAUAGGCUGUGGCUUAAUUUGCAUUAGUAAAUAAGGCAUUCACCCACAGUAUUAGUUCUGUUAAUGACAGCAAUCCUAUUUCUUGCACUGCUUCUCUGUUAGUAAUGGGAAUAAUUUGUAGUUCAUAGAAAUAGAGCCCUGAGCAUAAUUUCAUUAAGUAUACAAAAGGAAUAGUGGGUUUCCUUACCUUUAAUGCUGGUAACUUAUUACUAUGAGAAAUUAAAUGUCAUUGUUGCUGAUUUCUUGCCAUUAAUACAAAAAAUACAUUUAUGAACAAACUGAACUUGAAGCACUGUUGGAGGAACGUGAAAAAGCACCUGCCAUGACUGAAACUCAUAUAAAUGUAUGCACUUUUUCUAGUAACUAUGAAAUAUAUUUUUCCAAAAGAGUAGAAAUAUGUAGAGAUUCUUCAGCAAGUUUCUGGGUAUUAGCAAUGUAGACAUAAACCCAUAAUGUUAAAAACCAUGAGAAUAGGGUUAGAAUGUUUUGCCCUGUGGCAUCUGUGAAUUGUCUAUGAUUCAUGUGUCCUUAGUUGAGCUGUCUGACAAAGACCUGAGAGAAUAUUAUUACAUUUGUGAUCAGUUCAAAAUAAGCUCCUAAUUUAGCCAAGCUCUUAAGCAAGUAUGUCUGUGUCUUUUAUUUGAUACAGCAGUUAAGCCUGUGCUCAAAUACUUUUGAUUUCCCUGGCAUUUAAGAAAAUAUUUAAAGUUAAGCAGAAGUAAAAACCCAACACUCCCCCCAGCCCCUCCCAACAAAAUGAAUAAAAGUUCCUCCAGGUACCUUUAUAGUUAAUCUUGCACUGGAAAAAUAUAUGCAGCAACAUUGAAACCCGUCAAAAAUACUUAAGCAACCAGAGAUGACAGCUCUGUCUCCCCAGGGAGCUUAGGGGAACUUACCCGCAGAACCUUUGGUGCAAAGCUGACCAAGGAAGAUGGCUAAUGCUGCCUCUUUGCUCACUUAGAGCUGAAAAGCUCAUAUACUCACCAGUAAACAUGGGCUUAAAUGUGUUCCUGAAUCAAGACAAAUCGCAGUAAUCUUGUACUGACAUUACUGUGGAUGGGCUCUUGGCUAGAAGCUAACAGUGAACCAAAUACAGGACCCGACUUCCUGUCAUCCUAUUGCAGAUUAAGACUUGAACAACCUCUUAGGUUUUCUUCAUCCUCAAAAGCCUGAAGUUAAAUUUACACCCAAAAUUAUCUGUUAGAUGUGCUUAAUUUGGAGAACAUUUGCCUCAAAAUGUUGUACCUACAAAUAAUAUUUAGAAGAAACUGAGGGAUUUGUAUGGUUGUACUUUUCUCUCUUUGGUUUCUAUUUAUAGCUUCUGUCUGCCAACAGCUUCUGUCAUUUAUUAACUUUUCCUCAAAUGUUCAGUGUCUUCCAUGCUUAGAGAUUUACUUAAGAGUAAUUUAAGUGCUUGAACUGAAUUCUGGGGAAGUUGAAUAUGAUAAUUUUCUUUCAUGGGAACAUGAAAUCCCUAUGAGUGCUGUUCAGCCUUUGAUAUGUUUCCUCCUCUGUUUUCUUGUAAGAAAGAUGAGAUAUAUGUCUUCAGAACAGCAAAUCAGACAUUUUGGACAUAGAGAUGUAACCAUUUUAUAAUCUACCUUUACAACACUAAAAUAAUGAAUUUUGUAUCAGUUUUUUUUUAUAGAGAGAAAUUAGUUUAUGCAUAACAAAUAAUUCUCAUGCUAACGUAGAAAUUAAACAAAAAACAUACAGGUGGUGUUGCUAAUAGCUUUUCUGUCUGUAUUUGCCUUGUGUGAUGGCUUAACUCAAUUUUACAUGAGAAAUACAUUAUUUUGUUAAGCUUAUAUAAUGUUAUUUUAAUAAGCUUAUAUGCAACAGUUCUGAGGUUUUUUUAAAGUAUUGCUUUCUUGUUUUGGUUUUAUUUUAAAAAAUUAUUUGCUAUUAAAGAGAACUAGCAUACAGA